ACCACGAGUUCUUGGGAAAAAUAAUUCUGCUUGUUGCGUACUCAGACAUUGUUUUAUACUGGCUAAAGGAAAGUUCCAGGUUAUUGUUGAAAAACACUCACUAGAGAGAACUUCAACUGUAUGAAAUUCACUUCAUUUUUUUAAGUAUUAGAAUGGAAGGGUAUAUUUUAUAUGUGCUGGUAGCUCUUUUAUUUGCUGGGACUUUAUCCAGUGAUGUCCAUGAUGACAACACUGGACUUUUUCGUAUUCCAAAAGAGGCUUUUAAUCUGAGCACUUCACCUACAACUUCAGUUACUGUGAAUGAAACUGUUACAACGGUGCUAUCCUUGAAUGAGACAACUCCUGGAAAUUCAAGCGAGUCUGAAACCACCACACGAAGCAUGCAGGAAUUAAAAGUUAACCCCACAACUCAGACUACAGAACAUACCACUGAAACUGAAAUAGAAGAAACCACUUUAGAUCAACUUGUUACUGAUAGUACUGGCUGCCUUGUAAAUCUGAAAAACAAGAUCGAAGAUGGUUGUCAUGAUAGGUUUGAGCAGACUGUCAUAAGCCUUCACGAUGAGGAAAAUAAUGGUGGAGUUUGCUGUGCUUUGGAAGACUACGAGAAAUGUGCUCUAAAUGGCUAUAAGAGAUCAAACUGCCAGAUUGAUCAGAAGGAGCUUAAAAAGUUACUGGGUACAGCUAGAAUAUUUGCAGCUGCUAUGUCUGAAGUGAACUGUGCAGAAUAUAAAGCGCAAUGUAAUUCUGGUGCAACUGUGAUUCAUCCUUUUAGUCUUAUCCUUACCGCAGUACCAGUUUUUCUCCUGCUUCUAUAAGAAAUUUCAAUGCAUUGUUGAACAAUGCUUAGCACUGUUUCUAUUUGAAUAAAUGUUUUUAACUUUU